AUGGACUCGACAUUACCACGAGCCAAGUCCUGCGUCGAGUGCCGCCAGCAAAAAGUCCGCUGCGAUCGUGCCGAGCGACAACCGCGGCCGUGUACACGAUGCACUCAACGACAGUUGCCGUGCAGGUACGAGCCCUACUUCUCUCGCACUCGACGGCGGCGUAGACAUGGCUCCAGCGCGCACCGCUAUACACGGCCAACUAGCAGCGUGCCAUCUAAUGUCUCGGAAGACGGUCCUCUGUACAUAGGGACUGAAAUUGCCAUCGAAGACGUCGUGCUUCGUGCUCCCGAAGUCACUGAUCUCUUCACAUACUUCAUCACCAAAAUGCAUAUCCAUUUCCCCUUACUCGGCACUCCCUCUCCAACAGCAGACGCCAUCCUACGGGCAUCGCCACUUCUGUUCUGGACAAUCAUGGCCAUUACCAGUAGUUUUCAAAACCGGCCUCUCUAUCGCACCCUUCAGGGCUGCGUGCGACGACUGGUUACCCGGACGCUAUAUCCCUUUUCAGUCUGUCCAGAAACCUGCCAGGCUCUCUGUUUGCUGUGUCUCUGGCCCUUUGAGGCAGUUGAGCCAAACGAUGACCCGGUCUACGCAUACGCCGGAAUGGCGACCCAUUUCGCCCUGCAGAUGGGCCUGCACCGUUCUCAGCAUUCCAACGAGUUCAAAAACAUCAACAGUGUGACAGAGCCAUAUCGAUCAUCCCCAUCAACUAGGUUACUCACCUGGUACGCCUGCGUCUUUGUAGAGCACCAACUCGCGAGCAAGAUCGGUGUCCCAAGCGGCAUUCGAGAUUGCCAUCAGUUGCAGCAACAGCUCAGCAGCAAGAACAUAGCUCUUGACAAUGAGCAUCCACCUGCACCACUUCUAAUUACCCAGCAUGUUCUUCUGGCGUGCUUACGAGAACGAUUUUUCAAUGCCAUUGCCUGGGAUGGUCCGUCCUCAAGCGGCCUGACGGAACCCAUUCACCGUCUCAAUUUACUUUCCCUCUUUAGCAACGAACUCCAGCGAUUCAGCGUCGACCAGGCCCCGCUGGAGCUGUUGACUCUAGCUCUAUUGCAUGCUAGCCAUAUCGCAGUUGGCGGAUUUGCCCUUGCAGCAGACUUGGUUGAACUCAAAGCUCAGGCUACGGUCCGCCAGUUAUUGAUUUAUCGGGCUGUAGACUCGGCUUCCGCUCUUCUUGAUCUAGUGACUCCUCUGGCGUGGGAAACACUGCCAAUUCAUAUCCUUCGCGCUGUUCUUCAUGCAGGAGUAGUCGCAGGUCAAAUCCGUCGUAUACAGAUUCAAGAACGCGAGCUUCUGAACCACGAUCAAAGCGCCACCUAUGGACAACUUUCAUCAGAUGCGUCAGAUAUGCAAACAGCCAUAGACCUGCAUACUAUAAUGCCUUUACCCCGACUGGAGCAGAUCAUUGACCGCUGUAUCGGGCUGUUACAGUCAGUCGCCUAUGGCAAAGACUUCCCUACUCGCGGUAAGAUUGUCUUGGAAGCCAUUCGAAAUAAUAUUCGACCCCUUCCCUCUUUGCCCACUAGCAGUAGCGAUCGCUCGACUCGUACAAACGGGAAUUGGCAGCAGCAGCAGCAGCAGCAGUCGACGAGCGUUCCUGUCGGAGCGACACCGAAGUCCUUGGGCGUCCUAUUUGAAUCGAGGAUGGCUGCCAAUUUCUACUGGGACGCUGUUGAGCAUGAAAAGGGCCGGCAUAACUGGAAUCAGGAUGAGCAGGGGAUUCUCCAAGAGGUCAUGUCCCUGCUGUGUUGA